UCCACGUAACGCGUGACGUCAGCAUAACAACAACUUGUCAUGAUAGCUCACGAGAGAGAAAUUUAAUCCAGCAACAUUUCAUAGCCGACCAAAAUUUAAAAAAAAAAACACUUUGGAUGUGAGACGUCUUUUGAAAGUGUUGCAGAUCCAGGCGGGGACGGGGCGUUCUUGAGUCUUGUCGGUCGAGCCAGCCGAAGAGACGGGGAACAGGAUCGGGAAGCAGGGCGAGGCGGGCCCCGCGGAGCCGGUGGAGAAGAUGGCCGGCAGCCCGGAGAAGAGUUCCACCGCGCAGGAGCUGAAGGAGCAGGGGAACCGCCUGUUCCUCUGCCGCAAGUACCAGGAGGCUGCGACCUGCUACAGCAAAGCCAUUAACCGCAACCCCUCCGUUGCGGUGUACUACACCAACCGGGCCCUGUGCCACGUGAAGCUGCAGCAGCACGACAAGGCCCUGGCGGACUGCAAGCACGCCCUGGAACUGGACACGCAGUCAGUCAAGGCCCACUUCUUCCUGGGCCAGUGUCACCUGGAGCUGGAGAACUACGACGAAGCCAUCGGAAACCUGCAGAAAGCAUACAAUCUAGCAAAAGAACAGCGACUGAAUUUCGGGGACGACAUCCCCGGCGCCUUGCGCAUGGCCAAGAAGAAGCGUUGGAACAGCAUCGAGGAGAAGCGCAUCAACCAGGAGAACGAGCUGCACGCCUACCUAAGCAAACUCAUCCUCGCAGAGAAGGAGAGGCAACUUGAAGACUACAAGGAAAAGCAGGAUGACGAUCACAUUGGCGGCGACGCGGCCAAGAUUGCGUCCAAACACGACAAGUACUUAAUGGACAUGGAUGAGCUCUUCUCUCAAGUGGAUGAGAAAAGAAAAAAACGUGAGAUUCCAGACUACCUGUGCGGCAAGAUCAGUUUUGAGCUGAUGAGAGAGCCGUGCAUCACCCCCAGCGGGAUCACCUACGACCGCAAAGACAUCGAAGAGCACCUCCAGCGAGUGGGCCAUUUCGACCCGGUCACUCGAAGCCCGCUGACCCAGGACCAGCUGAUCCCCAACUUGGCCAUGAAGGAAGUGAUCGAUGCCUUUAUCCAGGAGAACGGAUGGGUGGAGGACUACUAGACACAUCUGCUGUCUCUCUCUCUCUCUCUCCUCUCUCUCUCUCUCUCUCUCUCUCUCUCUCUCUCUCUCUGUCCUCCUCGAGUCAACGUGACACUGUAGAGAAGACGCCCGGACACGAACAAGAACCGCUGCGGGCCUCGUGGCCCGUCCCGUUCUCUUAACAUUUCAAACCUGUGAGGCUGUGUGUUUGUGGCCUGCUACACCCUUUAAACGCCACCCCCCCCACUCACUUGUCUUGUCUUGCCUCAACACGGGGGGGGGGGAGGAGGAGGUCCUUUUUCCUCUUCUCAUUUCUCGCUCCAAUGCGACAAUCCAAGGUAAGCGUCGAUAAAAUGCUCUCGCGUCCGUUAAAAAUGACUGCCAAAAGAGAGCCAAUCGGAUUUCUUCAUUGUUCACAUUUUCUGACCUGAAAUGGUAUUCAUGCCAAAAAAAAAAAAAAAAAAUGGUUUUCAUGAUGUGUGACCACUUUGUAUGCAAGUUUACACAAUUACAGUGCGGGGUUGAGGGAAAAAAACCCACGAUUCUUACAGGUUCAUCUGUGUUUUCAGUUGUCAGCUCCACCUCUAGGUGGCGCCACAAUCCCUCCGCCCCGCUGUGUGAUUUGCCAUUUUUAGUGACUAGUUUUUCCUGCGCUGCUCACGGAAUAAGCGGUUUGAGCAUUUCUUCUAUAUCCUUGCUAUCCAUCCGGAUUCAGGUUCAUGUCCUAGCGAGUCACGCCGCUUGUCCUCACUAGUGAAACAAUCCAAAUACACUACAAGGUCAUCGGCUAACUGCUCAAACGGCUUGCCGUAAAGCCUUUUGAGCAAUUAGUGCACUCCGAGACAUUUGUGCACUACUAGUACUACUACCUAAUUUUAGAUAACUAGUGUUUUAUGACAUUUGUAGUACUAGUAUUGUGCAGUUGUCAACUUAUGCAUAGUUUUUGCAUCGCUAGUAACAUGGUGGUUCUACUAGUAUGCCAUAGUUGUCCUUUUCAGUGAGGACGGAGCAUAGUAGUACUUGAACCUUGAGAUGGGUAUCAAUAUACUGAUAGGCAGUCUGAGCCUUUUGCGGUGCACUAGUAUCAUAGCAGAUAAAUGCUCAAGCAGCUUUAUGGGAAGCGGUUUGAGCGUUGAUCCCAAAAAAAAAAAAAAAAACGUGCUGUACGAGUACGUGGACUUUAAGAUGGGUCUCCGGGAUAUUGAUUAAAGGAUCGAAGGACUUGCAAUACACUCAAGUACAGACAAUUGAGAAGAGACGAAUGUAUGCAGUAUAUGCUGUUUGGUUUUGAGCUGAAACUUGUUUUAUUUUGUUGUUGUUUUUUUUUUUUUUU